AUGCAAAAGCAACGUGUAAACACGCAAGUCACUAGUGUUGAGGCAACCACCAACGGCGGGGCAUCGCUAAUACGUACAAGAUAUUCGCGCGAUUUCCAGACAAUCAACUUCGAGAGCACCGCCAUCUUUAGCAAUGAAGCUGAAGGCUCCGCCAACGUCCAUGGCAAUGCCUUCAGCACUACCACAGGUAGUCACGGUGCUCUACAAGCUUUCACUACUAGAGAGGACCAGUCCGCCUCGACAGGGUCGACGUCCUCCAACCCGAAGACAGCGCAAGCUGCGCAUGUCGUCGAAAAGAAACGUAAACGAAAUGCCGAGGUCCUUGAUAGCCGGCCACAGGCCUCGGGAUCUUCCACCGAAAGUCCGCAAAAUUCUCGUGAAGACCUUCCGAAUGCUUCCUUCCCACUCCCUCCCAGGCUGAAAGCUCGCAAGAAGCGCGGGCAUGGGUGGACCCGCAGAAAAAUUAGAAGGGCGACUACCCAAGAUCGUACUGUCCGGGUAGGCGGCAAGCGCCCAGUCGAGGGCGUCGAUGGCGAAGAAGACGAGGCAAGGCGAAUGAAGAGGCAGCGUAUUAGUGAGGAGGCCGUUGCGGGGUCAUCCAACGCACGUUCGAUGUCGUUGGACAACAUGAUUGGUGCAACCAACGUCCGUCAGCUGCGAUCGCGCAGCAUCGUCUUUCCCGAUGGUCCCGCAAACUCGGGAAGCGACGAGGGAAACAGGACGACGAGGUCGCCAUCUCCAGAUCGUGCACCUGUGAGAUCAACGAUAGAUGAUUCUCUGGCAAUUGCGGUUGAGUUCGUACAGAUCAAAAUGGAAGAAGAAGAGGAGGAUUACCUCUGGGAUACACCUCCGGCAUGGGAUUGGAGUCCAGUGAUGCCAGAGUCUGAACUGACAAACGAGGAUACGUUCAAGUUCGAUAGUAACCGGAGUACGCCGGAGCUAUCGACUGAGCAUUCCGAAUGCCAUAUAAGUAAAAGCGAGUCGGUCGGUUCGACACCGAUUUCGACGCCACGUGCGCAGUCGGAAGACGUUCAAUCGUUUGAUAGAUCCCUCGUAAUUGUUCUUCCGGGAACGAUGGAGGAAGAGGAGGCACCGGACGAAUUGAUGGACGUUCUGGAUGAGGGUGAGGACGAGGACGAGAUUGAUGAAUAUGUUUCGGGUUCCUUCAUCCUUGGUGGCGGAAGAAGGUCAAGGGCUCCCAGCCCUCCAUCUCUUCCUCCGUCACACUCCGUCUCACGAUUGUCAACUCUCCAUCGUGAUGAGGAGACAGAAAGCGCUAGAUACCGUCCAGAGGAAAAUGCGUACGAUCAAGAGAUCAUUCCACACCUCGAUUACGGUUAUGAACUGCAAAGUCAGCCUGCUCGUCCACCUGGCUUCUUGUCAGAGCGUCUGCUCCCUGCUAUAUAUUGCCUCUCCAACGCUAUCCGCCAUUUAUCCGAGUCUUCCGAGGUGCAUAUCAGCAACCCAACAGUGUCCUCCGAUGCAAUGGCGAGUUGA